CAAACCUGUCAAACUAACAUAACCAAGCAUAACAACAUAACCUAAAUUAACAAUACAUUUUGGAUACAUUAUUUUUUCCGCCUUGUUUUUAUUAAUUUCCUUAAAGUGAGCGAAAAAUAACGUAAAUGGGAAAAUAUUCGAGUGACUCGGAUUAUGAUAAGAGAAAAAAAUCGUACAAAAGUAGUAGCAGGCGACGAUCUAUCUCCAGUAGUUCAAGUGAUUCAGAUUCGAAAAGUCGAAGAACAAAAGCAAGACACAGGUCGAAAAGUAAAGAUAGAUAUAGUAAAUCAAGUGGAAUCAAGAGAAGUCGUAGCAGAUCCAGACAGAGGUCUUCAAGAUACAGAGGUGCCAAGGAGCGACGCACCUCUAGGUCUCGAGAUAAGUACAGAUCAAGGAGAUCUAGAUCCAAAUCAUACAUCAAGGAGUAUGUGAGCAAGAAAAAACGUAGUAGUGAUUCAGAGAGUGAUUCCAGUAGUUCAAAGGAUCAGAAACGCUCUAGUAAAUCAUCAAAUAGUUCAGUUGAUAAGAAGUUACUUAAUAAGAGUCAGUUGAAACCUGUGGAAGAAUCCUUGCCUGUUGUUGACAUUAAGACUCUUGACGAGAUAAACACAGAUACUUUUAACCCUAAACCAUUUAAUUCAAGUGCAAAGAAAGUAAAUCAUAAUAUUGUCAUUGAUUUAAAGAAACAGAUUAUCAAGGUGCCAGAGGUUCAAGAUACAGUUGGAAAUGAACCAGCAAGCAUAUUCCACCAUAGUUUGUUUCAGAAUGAGGAAGUGAGGAUUGAGAAGUGGGUUAAGGAGUUAUACAGUUAUAGACAGAAGGCGCUCCAGCAGGGCAUUAGUUCGAGAAAAUGAUAAAAGUUUCUUUUAGUUUAGUG